AUGUUUGCAUUCCCAGUCAAGAGGAUGUUAAGCCAAGCGUCAUCUCUGCCCGCCAAUAUGAGCACCUGUGGCCCGAUAUCAGAACAAAUAAAGCUCAAGGUGCGUGAGCGGUUUCCGGAUCUGCGGCACUUCGCUAUAUACAAUGACUCGUACAAACACGCUGGCCACGCCGGCAUGGAACAUGCGGCAAACCGCACAGAGUCACAUCUGCGGUUGGAGGUCGUGAGCGAGCAGUUUUCCGGUAUGGCACUGCCUAAACGACACAGAUUGCUGUACACGCUCUUGGACGACGAGAUCAAGCACCACGGCGUCCACGCGCUACAGCUGACAACAAGGACGCCCGAGGAGCAUGACCGAAAGACAGAAGCGCAACUUGGUUAG